CUCUCUCUCUCUCUCUCUCUCUCACUCACUCACUCUCUAUCACCGCCUUUCAGAUCUUUAAAAGCUGGUGCUUUGCUGUGUCUCUCUCGAUCUCCAUUUGUCUCCUCUGGCACUGCAGGGGACUCAACCGGCAAAGCACCAAGGAAAAAGCUACUAUAUAGAAACGGGGGGAAAAAAGAAGACUGAGGAAAAAGGGGAGAGAAAGGAAGAGAGAGAGAGAGAGAAAUAUACAUCCAGAAAUAGCAUCAGCCACAUUUAACUGACAGAGAGUGACAGAGUGGAGAACCUGAGACCUGGACACAAAAUGCCUAUCCUUUCUAACUUAACAACCGUUGUUUUGUUGCUGAUUGCUCACUGCGGAUCAUGGACCGGGGCAAACCGCUUGGGCCCCUUCAAGGUCUGUCCCUCCUGCAGGGAUCCACUGGGGGCAGGUCGGCCCCCCAGGGACCACAAUGUUGCCGGCAGCACGUCAGUGUUGGCCCAGGGAGAGCCCUGUGGCGUGUACACCCUGAGCUGUGCCAAGGGGCUCCGCUGUGUUCCCCCACCAAGGGAGCCCAGCCCCCUCCAGGCUCUGUUGCAGGGAAGGGGCAUUUGCGCCAAGCCCAGCAGGACUAGUCCCACAGAGAGGCCCCACCCCACAGGUCCUCAUCCCUCACACAGCGGUGACAUUGAAAGAGCGCCCUGCCGCAAGCUCCUCAAUAGUGUCCUGAGGGGUGUGGAGCUGAUAAUCUUCCAGUCCGACCGUGACAUCUAUAUACCCAACUGUGACACCCGCGGCUUCUACAGGAAAAAGCAGUGCCGCUCCUCCAAGGGCAUGCAGCGUGGCCACUGCUGGUGCGUGGACGAGCUCGGCACGCCCGUGCCCUCACAUGCCAGCGAGGAUGGUACUUUACCAUGCGAUGGGGAGUGAGGGAUGAGUCUGUCCUAUUGCUCUGAGCCUGGAGGAAGAGGAGGAGAAGGAGGAGGUGGAGGAGGAGGAGGAGGAGGUGGUGGUGAUGGUGGUGGUGGUGGAGGAGCAGGAACACAGGGAGAGGGGGUGGCUUUAGCAUGUGCUAGACACUGCCUGGACAGGAGGUAGCAGGGAUAAACCACUUCCUAUGGAAAACACACACCGGUUAAUGUUCAUGUCCUCUCUAAGAAGCAAGACACACACACUCUCACAGUCCAGCAACAGCAGCGACAAUUACAUCUGCCUGAAUGUUCAACAGUUGCAGCAACGUCCUCUGCGUCGUCUGGUGACAUGCUGCAUGCUCACAUUAACGCUCCGUGAACUGCCUCAGUGAUCCAAAGCGGUAUUACUCCGAAUGAUCUCUAUAUUCCCUGGCUCUUGUCCCGGCUUUCUGGUAGAUUUUUUCUUUUUGAUUUCCCUCUUUUACUUUAGGAUAGCUGACACUGCCUGUGUUUGUUCUGAUCUCAGUGGGCUGAAAUACUGUUACGCAGGUGAUGUGACACAAAACGUUUGAACACAUGUGUCUCCCUCACCGUCCUCUCUCCCUCUCUCCAAAGAUACACUGAUAUCAACAUACCUAAUUGACAGAAUAUUUCUUUUUCUAUUAAUUUAUUUUUGAGUCUGUAUUUCCAUCAAGUACUGCUUGAAUCUUACAGUAUCUUAUAUAUGUGUGUCGAGUCAGAAAAAAUAGUCAUACGAAUAUGAUCCUGGACGCUUUCUGUUCAUUUUAUUUGUUCUGACUGCUUAUUAGUUGAUUGUUUGUACAUAUGUUGGAAUUUUGUGGUCGACUGUGUGUUCUGAAGUGGCAGACAAAAAGCUUACGGCUGUUACCCUUUUCAAAAAGUUGUAAGGCAUAUUUUUAUACACGUCAAUAUAAUAUUUUAUAUAUGAAUUGUUGGUUUAUUUAAUGAACUACAGUACAAUGCCAUGUAUUUUUAUAUUGUCAGCAGUUUCUUAUUUAAAGACAGAGAUUAUUUUAUUUCAUGUUAGGGGAAGUGUUGUGCUUUAACGGCACCUUUAUGGCAAAACUCAUCACAUUCAUCACAGCUCCAUUCAACUGCUGCACAUCUUAUGGUUAUAUCUCAUGUUUUUAAUUUCCUUUUUUUUUAUUUAUGCUUUGUUUUAAUUUUGAGAAUUGAGAAUGUCCAUGUUACUAUUAUGUUUUAUUUUGGCACAUCAUACGACGAAAUUCUGAUUUCAAUAGAGGUAAAAACGACAACGUCAAAAAAAAAAAAAAAAGAUCAAAUUUGUUAUUGUUAUAGUAUGUCUUUCCCAAGUCCUUGCAGAAGUCAUGAAAUUGUGUGCUAUUAAAGUGUGAUUAGAAUUUAUCUAUUUCUGAAACGAUCUUGUUGUGCCAAUGUGUGUGCCGUGAUGAUGAUAGGUCCGUGCACAAAGGACCUGUAAGAUUUGCAAAUAUGAAAAUAAAACAUAAUGAUAAUAAAAAUGGAGAAGAAUUAAACAUAUAUUAAUAUAA